GCCACCCAAAGCAGGUUGACUGUCACUCCUUGAGCACUCUCUGUUGCAGAUAAUGCAUAGCUAUCAACAUAUUGUCUUACUUGGUGAUUUCAACUCUAAUCUAUUGAGAGAUAGCUUCGAAAGGAGGCAACUCGUGACACUCUUUGAUUCUAUCAACUUCCACAUUGUAAAUAAUGUUGACCCGACUUACCACUUACCCAAUUCACAUACUUUACUAGAUCUAGCGGUGGUGAGUGAUAAAGAUUAUGUUUCUUCUUUUGAACAUUUCAAUGAUGAUAGAUGUCUUGAGGAUGCUAUCAACAUGCCAUGGCACACUAUAGGUUUCAUUGAUGACAUCAAUGAUAAGGUUGCAGUAUUCAAUAAUAUGAUUCACAGCAUUUUUGAUAGGCAUGCCCCUGUGCGUACUGCACAUCCUAAGCGGAAACCAAUGCCCUGGAUGAAUGAAGAGAUACUGAUUGCCAGACGUGAGCGUGAUAAAGCCAGAAGAGUAUUUAAAAGGACCAGCAGCCAGAUAGACUUUGAGGUCUUUAAAACUUGGAGAAAUCGUGUGAAAUCUAUGAGUCGCAAUGCAAAACUUCGCUUCUAUCACAGGCAGUUUAAUCAAAAUAAUUCAACAUCUACUCUGUGGGAUAAUGUCAGAAGACUAGGAGCGCAUAAAGCCAGAUCUAAUACUAGAAUCAAUAUACCUCUUAAUGAACUGAACGAUUUCUUCACUCUCAGUUCAAAUCAGCCAGAUGCAUCCAACGCACCACUGGCUUCAGACCAUCUUAUCAUGCAGUUCAAUCAUAACUUGCCGGCAGAGAAAUUCUAUUUCUCACAUGUUACUCCAUCUAUGGUGUCAAAGAUAAUAUGUUCUUGCUCAAAAAACUCUAAAGGAAUUGACAAUAUCCCAAGCUUAUUUUAUAAAAAAUUGUUACCAGUUAUUUUACCUUCUAUCACUCACAUAUUCAAUGUCUCUCUUCAGACAGGAAAAUUUCCUGAUCUCUGGAAAUGCUCCAUGGUGAAACCCAUUCCUAAAUCGACUAAUCCAAUCGCUCCUGCAGACUGCAGGCCCAUCCAUAUUCUGUGUUCCAUAUCUAAGGCACUGGAGAGAAUUGUGCAUGCUUAGGUA